AUUUCUGAUUUAAAGAGUCCUGCUGAAAGUGACUCGAUGUUUUAUUCUCUCGUUAAGGUCGACGAUGCUCCUUCCUGUCCUGUCUUUUACAGUAAUCUCAGGCCUCAUUGGCCUCUCCGCCUCCACAGAGCUGCGGAGGGCUGACUAUACUGCAACUUGCCAGAAAAUCGCUGCCGCUGUCUCCCCCGCGUCCAAAGUGUAUUACAGUGGGUCGCCCCAAUACAUCGAUGAUAACGAGCAUUGGGCUACUACCGGCUCUCAACCUUCUGCAUGUUCCUUUGAGCCUGUGAACGCUCAGGACAUUGGAAUCGCUCUCCAAUUAUUGGGAGAAGACCAGACACCAUUUGCAGUCAAAAGCGGUGGUCAUUCAGUGAAUGCAGGGUUUUCGUCGACCCCUGGAGUUCAAAUUGCUUUGUUUUCAUUCUCACAAGUCAUAUACGACUCGGAUGCCCAGACAGCAACUAUUGGCAUGGGGUUAAUUUGGGAUGAUGUCUAUUCCCAACUCCAACAAUACAACGUGACCGUCGUAGGAGGGAAGAAUACUGGUGUUGGGAUCGGCGGCAUCGUCCUUGGAGGAGGAUAUUCAUAUCUCAGCAAUCAGUACGGUUUGUCGGUCGACAAUAUCGUAUCGUUUGAGCUUGUGAUGCCUAAUGGCACGGUCGCGAAUAUCACAAGUUCUUCAAGUCCAGAUCUAUUCUAUGGCCUUCGGGGAGGAUUUAACAAUUUUGGAGUUGUUACCACAGUGACCCUGAAGACAUACACCCAGUCUCAAGUCUGGGGCGGGCUUAUCGCGUACGGGUCGGAUCAAUGGGAUGCAGUCAAUAAUGCCAUAGCUAAUUUUGUGUCGACAGUCACCGACCCCAAAGCCUGUCUGUACAGUACAACCGACUACGUGUCUGGGGUGACGACGAUAUUAACCAUUCUGUUUUACGAUGCGCCGACUCGCCCUGAUGAUAUUUUCGAUGAAUUCCUGGCGGUCUCACAUUCUGCCCAGGACAUCUCGACGAGGACUUAUUUAGACUUGAUUCAGACUUCACCUACGAAUGCCUCAUCGGGCCUAAGGGCUAUGUUCGACUGGGUGCCUAUUGAACAAUUCACGACGUCUAUGCUAGAGAUGGUCAAGAACCAAACACUGUUUUAUGGCAAGAAGGUGUCGGAAUCAAGCGGAUUUUUGAUCUCAUACGACAUCAUCCCUCUCCUACCCUCACUCUACAGUCACUCUGACACGCCGUCUGCUUUCCCUUCUUCACGGGAUUCGGGACAGGGGUACUCGUUCAUUCAGGUGUAUUAUGGGUGGACGGAUGCGAACGAUGAUGAGGUAAUGCUUCAGCUUGGUGCAGAGAGCGCUGCCUACAUGAAGCAGUUUGCCGUGGACGCUGGUCAGGACGUUGCGAAUGCACUGAUAUACCCUAAUUGUGCGCCUCCUGGCACGGCUUUGGAGGACAUGUAUGGGGAUGCUGUGUCGACUCUGCAUUCUAUUAGGAGUGCCGUGGACCCAGAUGAUGUGAUGUCACUCACGGGAGGGUGGAGAUUCUAG